AUGUGUGACUCGGCCAUCAGUAUAACAUGGUGUAUCUCCACUGGCUUCAUCGCCAUUGGGGUAGUAGCACUGAGAGCUAGCCUUGGCUCCGGCAAAGAAAGCCAGAAGAAGGCCGAGUUGGAGACAGAGGCUCCUGAAAAGAAAGUGGCUCGCCAUCCGGAAGGAUCAAGGAACGCGUUUCGAGAUUUGAUGGGGUCUGGCGUUUCGAACUGA